AUGGACAUUCAUCGUUGUCGUUUUAUACCGUACAAUCCGCAAGCGAUAAAUGCGCUCGCAUUUUCCCAUCCUCCAUCUGCGGACCUAGCUGGACGCGGCGUCCCUACACUUCGACUCGCGGUUGGUCGUGCGAAUGGGGACAUCGAGAUAUGGAACCCUAUGCGCGGCGCGUGGUUCCAAGAGACAGUGCUUCGCGGCGGAAAAGAUCGAAGUAUUGAGGGGCUGGCAUGGACUCUUGAUCCCCCCGAAGAUGGGCCUGACGGCGGGAAGUUACCUGGUCGACUACGUCUGUUCAGCAUUGGAUACUCGACAGCGGUGACGGAAUGGGAUCUCGAACAGGGCCGUCCUCUGCGACACUCAAGUGGGAACUACGGCGAGAUUUGGUGCUUAGCAGCGCAGCCCAGGUGGCAGCCGACACAACGGGGUAAGGAUGGGAAACUGCUUGGUCCUGCGGAAGGGGAGUUUACCGGACAGCACCUGGUUGCUGGGUGUGCGGAUGGAUCGAUUGUGGUUCUUUCUACGGCAGAUGAGGAUUUGAAGUUUCUACGUUUGAUGCGGCCAUCGACGAAGAGAGCCAGAGUGCUUAGUGUUGCCUUUCAGAAUCGUCAUACCAUUGUCGCUGGAUAUGCGGAUAGCUCGAUUCGGUUGUUCGAUAUUCGGAGCGGUCAGCUUUUGAGAACAGUGUCUCUUGGAAAGGGGCCAUCGGGUGGUCCGCAGGAAAUUCUGGCGUGGUCCGUCAAGUGUCUUCCCGACGGUACUAUUGUCUCUGGCGACUCUGCUGGUGAAAUUCGAUUCUGGGACGCGAAGAACUAUUCGCUUAUUCAACGGGUGCAGGGUCAUUUGGCAGAUGUGCUUGAUGUCGCCGUGAGUGCCAAUGGGGAAACCGUGAUAAGCGGUGGUGCAGAUCAAAGGACUGUCGUCUACAGAAAGAAGCCAGGCGAGGCGGGAGACAAGAAAGCAAGAUGGACAGAAGUGAUGCAUAGGCGGUACCAUACUCACGAUGUCAAGACUUUUGCUGUGUACGAGACAAGAGAGAUUAGCAUUGCCGUCUCUGGAGGUCCUGAUGCCACACCCGUUGUCCUGCCAUUACGCGAAUUCGGAAAGGAACAUCACAGAAAGCUGUCGAGUCUGCCGCAAAUACCACAACUCGCCUCCUCACCUUCGUCUCGGUUGGUGAUGAGUUUCUGGGAUAGAGAAAUCAGCAUCUGGCGCGUGCUCCGUGGUCCUACGUCUCUGUACGAGAAUACUGAAGGUCGAAGACAUCGACUUGUAGGAAAGGUCUUGAUCCAGGGUGAAGAAAAUAUCACAUCGGCUAUGCUCUCACAAGACGGGAAAAUCUUAGCUGUUGCAACGAUAUCCAGCAUCAAAGUUUUCUCUGUCCGACGACGAAAGGGCGAUGAAAAAGGGACCUUGCGCAUACAGAAAUUGGAUGUUCCUUCCGCACUCUCCGAAGAUGGCGCCCGAAUCGUCACCAUCUCUCCCGAUAGCCGGUGGCUCUGCGUCGUUCGUCCUAAUAGCGAUAUCUACCUGGCUAGAAUCGAGGGAGCUUCCAGUCCACAGGAAAGGCCUCACCUUCUGGCUCAACUGACUAAGGCCAACAGGGCUCAAAGACAUAGUCGGCAUGAAAAGCCUUCGCAUGGGACCUUAGGCAACUACGAGAGGACAAUACGGUGUGCUGUGUUUUCCAAAGACAGUAGAGUACUCGCAUCUGGUGAUCUGUCUGGUUGUGUGGAUACUUGGGUGUUGGAGAAAGUGGCAGGCGUGGAGGCACCUGCCAAGACUAACGGUGUCACCGAUGAUGAAUUGUCGGACGAUGAUGAUGAAGACGAAAAUUCUGUAAUUGAGGGUGAGCGUUGGUGUCUCGCCGGCCCUGAUACGCCCAUACCACGUCUGAAGUCGGGGGUAGUGUUGUUGUCCUUCCGUCCUCAGAGUAAAUCCGACACGAAACUUUUGGCGAAUGGCACCGAUGGUACCACUAAUGGUCUUCCAACAGGAGAGGAUCAUCUUAUGGUGCUUACAAGUGAACAUCAGCUGGUCGAAUUUGAGGCGCAUAGCGGAAAGCUAUCAGACUGGUCGAGGAGGAAUCCAAAGGCCUGUCUCCCUGCAGAAUUCCGGGGCGUUAAAGAUCGAGCAAUGGGCUGCGUAUGGGACCUUUCCGGAGGCCGCAAACGUCUCUGGCUCUAUGGCACCUCGUGGAUGUGGAUGUUCGACUUGAAUCAGGAUUUCCCCUCACCUGAAGAAGUUGAGGCCUCUGCCAGUAACCAGGAGCGACGAGGACAACUCAUCAAGGCAUCGUCGCAAAAGAGGAAACGUGACGAUGUCUUGGAGGAAGAAGAGUACGAAAGAAAGAAGCCAAAUAGCGGUGCCGGUGAUAAGAUCCCCUUGUCGCAAACUGAUGUCUCUCUUGGGUCUAAGAUCCGCAAAGUGGUCGGCAAUGACGACUCUCAGGGCGAAUGGAUCUCACUUGAGAAGGAGAAUCGAAAAGGAGAUGCGGACGAAGAUGAAGAGGUAUACGAAUAUGACGAAGUGUUUGCGACUACCAACGAGAAGGCACUGGCACGAUUCAGACGUGACUAUAAUGCCAAUGGGAUCGAGGAGAGCAAUGCUACACCCCGAAAAGCCCUCCCUGACGCCAGUCUCUUUCACGCUGACACACCCUCCCAACAGCAACAACAACAGCUUGCCGACCUUGCAGCUUCUGUAUCUUCUUCUCAGCCUGCACGCCGAUGGUGGCACACGUACAAAUACCGUGAUAUCCUGGGAAUUGUGCCUUUGAGCACGGUCUCAGUGGAUGGCGACGCUGCGGCAGACAUGGAUGCAGCAAGUGCUGCCAAUGACAGCCAGCUUGAGGUUGCUGUCGUCGAGAGGCCUAUGUGGGAUGUUGAGUUACCGGGUCGAUAUGUGCGAGACUAUGAGUGA